AUGUCAGAACAUCAAGAGAUAGCAGAACAAGUAGCAGGAAUGGAUUUGAGUAAAAUCACUACACUUCACGAACAAAUCAAUGAUGCUAUCAAGCAAGCGGUAGAAAACGAGAGAGUUACCAGUAAAAUCGAACAAGAAGAAAGAGAAAGAGCUUUCCAAGCAUUAUGGGAAGAAAAAGUAAGAGACCAAGCAAACGAAAGAAACAGCUUCGAGGCCAGAUAUUCGGCAUUAUGGGCAGAAAAAGAAAGAGACCAAGCAAUUGAGAAAGCUAGACAAGAAGAAAGAGACCGAAUCAAGUUAAAGAACGAAACCACCCUAAAAAUUGAACCAAUUAAGCCACAACCAUUUGAAGGAGAAUUAGACUCAAUAAAGACAGUAGCAUGGCUUAAUCAAUUAAACACUUAUUUCAAAAGCAACAUGCCCAACUUUGGUACCUGCAAUACCAAAAAAACGAACGGAGAAGAUUUACCACCAUGGAAUGACUUCAAGGAAAUCUUGUUGAAGACUUUUAGCAACCCUGCAGAGGAACGUAGUUUGAUUAGACAAUACAUGAACUUAAAGCAAACACAUUCGGUAUAUGAACUCAUCCAGAAGCAUAUAAAACUACGUACAAUCCUACCACAUGACACACUUAUGCCUGAGAAUUUAGAAAUUUACAACUUUGCAAGAGCACUCAAACCAAAGACAGAAGACAGUGUACUAGGAAAAUACCCCAAAACACUCGAAGAAGCCUAUCGUUAUGCAACUGACUUCGAGGAAACAUUCAUACGAAGCAAUCAAGGUUUACAGAGAAACCAGGGACAAAGAAAUUUCGGUUAUUUUGUGCCACCACCACCACCGCAACAUCGAAAGUGUUAA